GUCCUCUGCGCAAAAGGUGAUCGAUCAAGAGCUGUCUGACUUCUAUAACUUCGUGACGAGUGUCGUGGAUCGCAGCGCGUGGGAAGGCUCGGCGUUGUGGGCGUCUGGACCCGCGGAGUAUUUUCCGCUGUAUGAUUGCACCUAUGCCCGAAGUACCGAGUUGGAGAAUGUCAUGACGAACAGCAUCCGCAUCAACUGGCUAGACAGCUAUGCGCGCUCACUGCCGUCGUCGGGGAAUUGUGAUCGAAAGUUCAUGAUUGGACGCAAGAAUGAAAGGAAAGCAGGCACUACUAGAAGUACAUCAGAUGAAGGGGUCGUCGAUGUCGAGGCCGAAGUAGAAGACUCUAUCCAGAUCGACGAGGAUAGUGCGUAUGAGCAAUGUGCGAGUGUCUUCCUCCGGCCAGCUUGGGUGCGUGUUUCUCCACCGGCACAAAGUCUGAGAAAGCUCUUCCGUAGAUUGGGAAAUGCCCUUGGCAUGCUGCAUUUCAAUCUUCGACACUACUGCUUUAUCCUAAACUAUCUGUUUCGGCACUUUGGAGCGGUCGAGCACUUUGCACUCGUGAGCAGCACUUCUGAGGACGGCAGACCGCUCGAGAGGAGCAAUGAAAAAGAAAAUGUUCCAGGAGCUGCUAGAAAAAAUAUCUACGUAUUUCAUGAGGAGGAGGAAGAAGAAGCUGCCGCCACAAGCCUCCAGAAGAAAAUCGCGAAGGGACUACCUUCUGCUGAAAAAUUUUGGUGGUCCUAUAGGACGGCGAACGACCCAACGCAGGACCCCACCAGGACGAUAAGGUUAGAAUUUCGUGGUACUAAUCAUCUUGCUUACUUAUAGUUAUACUUACUGAUCAGAUUUUGGAAAUUUAUUUAUCCUAAUCCUAGCACAAAUUAGCAUAAAGGUUUGAUAAUUUUUUGCUUUGCAUUCUUUGUUUUCUCCAAAAAUAGAACUAACUACACAUAAUAUUAGCGAUUUUUUGCUUCCUUUUGAAUCAAUUUCCAGGCGUAGCCGCAUUGCAGAGGAAGCUCGCAUGAUUGUGAGGGAUUUUGGCGAGCCGGGACGUGCGCGACUCUCUCUGGACACCAUAAGGCGAUAUUUGACGGAGCGGGCUUUUGAUUCAUCUACGAAUGCCAUGAGUGACGACGGCGGCGUGCGGGAUGUUG